AUGGCCAUCAACCCCAAGAUUACUGUAUCUGUCCAAACAAAGUAUGUUAAAUACUUGGGGUUUUUUUUCUUCUUCUUCUUUCUAGGACCUGUUUUUAAUGUUUCGGUGCAUUCAGAUAGUCCAACCAUUUAUCGAGGUGAACUGGUAAAUUUGCUUUGCAUCAUCACCAUUGAAACAACAGUACUUGAUCCAGAUGACAUGUCAUUUGAUGUCUCCUGGUUUGCCACGCGCUCUUUUGCAAUGGACAAAGAACCUGUUUUCCUAGCUUCAUUAGAUCGGAAAGGGUUAGUGAUGCAGGCAAGAAGAAAUGGGAGCAGUGAUAUCAGCUUAGAGAGAAUUUCCCUUCUGGAGUUCCGGCUUAGAGUCCAUGGCUGUGAAGACAAUGAUUUUGGCAACCACUUCUGCUUGGUAACUCCUUGGGUGCGGUCAGCUGCAGGUGUUUGGCAACGGGAGAAGGAAAUCAAAUCUAAACCAAUUCUUGUAACUGUGAAGAUGGAUGUGCUGAAUGCUUUCAAGUUUCCACUAUUGAUUGGUAUUGGCCUAUCUACAAUUAUUGGACUUUUAUCCUGUCUAAUUGGCUAUUGCAGUUCCCGUUGGUGUUGCAAGAAGGAAGUUCAAGAAACUAGGCGGGAGCGCCGGCGCCUUAUGUCUAUGGAAAUGGACUGAACAAACAGGAAAGACGGAUGGCCUUAUUUUUGGAAGGGAGGGAUUUUGGGAGGCCCAGAAUUACUCAGACUUGAGUGUGCUGAACCAAAAUGCCCUGACAACAGAACCAUCUGAUCUUGUUCUGGAUCUGGAUCUGCUUUUUCUACCAAUGUUUCACAUUGAGAACACAUGUUGUGUUUGUCAGCAUUUAGCUCUUUUUCUAAUGGCACUUUUUAUGGGGAUAGCUAUUUCAAAAGAAAACUGUUGCACAGAUUCUUUUCCAGCAGUUAUUUAAACAAGAUUUACUACCAAGAGUUGUGAUUUAAAACAAAAAACUUUUCUUGUUUAAUAGGAGGGUGGAAUUGAAAUUGCAUAAAUUAAAAAGUCUGCCUUAUAACUAAGUGACCUCUAGCUAACAUCUCUAGAGAAGGAAGGAAAUGUUUCUGUGGUUUAGAUAUAUCUAAUGGAAAAUCCCUCUUGUCCCUUACAGGUGAGGUUGGAAUUCAGCUUUUUUUAUUUUUUAAAAAAUGAUGCUGCUUUAGCAGCCUUACAGACUGAUUUCUUAGAAAAUGUACUGUUGUACAAACCUGCUCUUACAGUGUCCACUCCGUUCUGAUUUAUAGCACAAUUGUUCUUCUCUGUCAGUUGGAUAUGCUUCAGGCUUACUGCCCUGCAUCUUAAGUCUCUAGAAAGAGUACCAUCAGAAUUCCUGUUUCUUCUCACUGUGCUGGUGGGUUUUACAUAAUGUGUACUUACACCUCAGAAACUGGAUGGGGACUGCUAAAUGUUCUUAUGAAAACUAUAUUGUUGUCUAUUUCUGUGGCCCAAAUGUCUAGAAAUCCUCUUUAUCCACACAUGGUUAAUUUGAGGCAAAAAACCUGAUUGAUCACAACAGUAAUGUGGAAUGAACUGUAAUAAAGUCAAGGACACCCUGCCAUGGAUCCUUUUUGGUCAGCAAACAAAUGAUCAGAUUCCCAGGUUGUCGCUUCAGCCAGACUCUGACACUGCAACUUGAAUUCAGGGUAAGGAUGAAAAGGAUGGAUGAAAAGGAUUGGAUAGGCGUAAGGGAAAAUGCCUAUUUCCCAGAUGUUUCUUUAUGCAUGACACAAUGCCAAGGGCUGUGCCCUUCAGUGUAUCCUUUGUGUACUCACUAGGAUGGUUAAAAUUUUUUCCAUGGAGCUUUUCUUGGUGCUGUAGUACAGAGAGACCUAGGUCUUGUCUUCCACAUACUGUUAUCCCAGUUCCAUGAAGUUGUCUGUAAUUUAGGACAGUCCAUCUUCAAGCACAGCUAGUAUUUUUAAGCAAUAAGUCUGAAUAAAAGUAUAAGAAAAACAUUAUGCUUUAAACAAAACAUGAUUUGAAUCAAGUUAAAUGAUUAUACUGAAGUAAAGACAUAUGAACCAUUUUUUUAAAAAAAUGCUUCAAGUUGAAUAUCAAAUGUUAGUUAUCUUCCAAAUAUACUGGUAUAAUGUGAGUUGAAUGGACAUUGUACACAUGUUGAAGACAUGCAUAUAGAUUGAACAAUGAAUAUUGUUGUCCUUUCUGUACAUUCCUCUAAAACAUGGGAGAAUGUGUACAGAUCACUCAUUGUGCAUAAAUACCCACUCAGCUUGCAUUGACUUUGGUGCAUAUUUAUAAUUUUUUGAAAAUCCACUUAUGGUUUUAAACACAGGUAUUAGAGCUUCAGGCUAAGUCUAAUUGGAAACAUCUCUCAUGGGAGCUUCAAGCAGUAUUAGAACUGUCCCAUUUUAACUACACAAUAUCAUCUGGAGAUUGAUUUGGUUGCUCUUUGCUAUGUUAUGGUCCUGAUUUGCACUGCCCAGUCCUAAUCAAGUGGGCAUAAGAUUGCAGCUGUAAUUUUGGGAUAUCCAAAUGGAUGCUCCUGGAAGGAUUUACACCUCGAGACUUUUAAGAUCUCUCUGUAAAUCUGUGACUUGCAGUAUAUAGAGUCAUUAUGGUUGGAGUUUGGAGCUAUUUAGGAGACUUAGCAAAUUAUUUGGCUAGCUGACUAAUCUUCCUUUCAGAAAGGCUUCUUCAUAACAAACUGCUUCACGGUUGACAUUUAGGACAUGACCCUAGAUAUUAAUUAAAUUGACAAACCACACCACUUGACAACCCUCUGUGUCUUUAACGUUUCAUAUUACAAGAUAAUUUUUGAGAUUGUUUUCCACCCCCACAUUGAAACAUCGUAUUUCUAGAGUACGAAUUGUUUCCUUACUCUAAAAAUUCUAGAGUAAGGAAACUCUUAUGUUAAGCACAAAUGAUACUUUCAUGCAUAUUUUUAUUUCCUGUGUCUUUUUGUUCUCACAUUUUGAGGAAGAAACAAAAACAUGUUUAAAUGCAAUAAUUAUGGAAUAGUUGAGCCCAAGAAAGUGCUUGAAUUUACUCAAGCACUUGUUGCACAUAAACAUUGUCUCUCUGUGGAAAGAAACUCAGGGUUGUUUUGGAUCAGGGAUUUCUUGUCAUUCAUUGCAGAUUCCCUGUCUCUCUAGUUUUGCCCAUUCUUCUGGACCGGAAAAAGAAGGCAGUUCCUUCCAAAUAUAAAUUGACCAAUAGGACAUAGUUGUUCCCUUUGGAUUUGAGGUGAUGCUUCAUGCCCUGUUCUUAACUACACCUUGAAGUAGUACAGUCUUUUUCCAACUGUGCCAGUUUUAUAUUAUUCCUCAAGCAGAUUUUUUAUCUCCAAAAUAAUUGUUUUGCUCCUAUGUUAUGAUCACUUACUCUGUUUCUUGAUGGGUAAAGAAUUGUUUGGGACUCAAUUAAAUGUUCAUUAUAUUUGUCAAAGCUGUAGUCAUGGGUUGAAUAGUCAAGUAUCCUAAGGGCUUCCGUUGAUAUUGUUUGUCAUUUUUGGUGUUUUCAACUUACAGUUGGAAACUGAGGACAUUUGGAAUGUGAAAUGGACUUGUUUUCCGAAGUAUCUUGCAUAAAGGAAAUGGAAUAUCUUUUGUUCAUUUUAAAAAGUAAGGUUCAAGCACAGUUCUGGAUGAUUUUUAAAAUGUUUUCAGAACAGCUUUGAAGAAUAAGAAUUGGACAGUUAUAAUGAUGCUGUGUAAUGUGUGUUUUUUAUAUGAAAAUAAAU